GGUAAAGUUGGACGGCCUGGCGCGGAUGCGUGCUAUAAAGGUGCACGACGCUAGGCUGAGUUCUAGCGAUAUUUUAACAAAUAGAGUGGCGUGUUUCGAGACGAUCAAAAGGCGGUGUCGGGGCGACGACGCGAAUAUAUCUCCUUGACUUGGCCCGCGCACAUUGGACUAGACCGCUAAAAUGGACACGAGCAAUACAGGAAUUCCCAGUACAGGAAAUUAUCCAGGAGACCGGCAGCAAUUCUGUGUCUCUUGGAAUUCCCACCAAUCAAACAUGCAUAGUGCGUUUCCAAAGUUGCUGAGUUCAGAACAGUUUGUUGACGUUACUCUAGCCUGUGACGGAGGUUCAAUAAAAUGUCACAAAGUUGUACUGUCCGCCUGCAGUGACUAUUUGGAACGUUUACUGCUGGACAUACCAUGCUCUCAUCCCGUCAUCUUUUUGAGAGACAUGAAAAUGUGGGAACUACAAGCUCUGGUCGAAUUUAUGUAUCGUGGAGAAGUAUAUGUCGAGCAACAACAACUAGCUACAUUAAUGCAAGCAGCAGAAGUUUUGCAGAUACGUGGCUUAUCCACUCAGGGAUGUGACAACUCAAGCGAGAACACUCAAGUCGACUCGAAUCCACCUGUACCUCCAUCAACCCCUACUCAUAUCGGGGACGACGCCAGUAUUUUCAAAACAGAAAACUCUUCCAACCAUGACGAGAACACAUCUGAUUUUCUCCCCUGUUCUGCAAUGGCUGCGACCAGCACAGGGAACAACUCUACAACCACUAUUACGCCCAUCUCACAAAAUCCCAAUUCAUCAUCUAAUUUCGUCAAUAUAGAGCAAAAUGAGGCACUGCAAAAUCUCGAAAAGGCUCUCAGCGCUUGUGAGGCGACUCUUACCGAGACGCAAGGUAUGGUGAAGAUGGAACCAGACGAACAGUUCUCGCAGCAGGAAGUCAAGCCGUACUCCAUCAGUAUGGUGCGAAGCAGCAGUAACUGCAGCAAUCCCAGCAGCCCGUUUCCGGCGAUCGAAGGAUAUCAAAGAAGACAAAGACGUUCGGAAGAAGAACUGAAACAGGCAUCGGACAUGGUCGCACGUGGAAUGACAUUUCAGGUAGCCUCGGAGAAGUACAAUAUACCGAUCAGCACUAUUCGAUUUUACAUGGUUAGAAAGGGCAUUCUGCAGAGGAGGAAACGCGGACGCGGUUCGAGCAAUCUCGGUAUGAAUAGCCAACCGAGCAGCCCUGGUAGUCCGCCGUAUCAUAUGAUGAGUUAUCGCCUGCCUGAGAGCCUAAAUUCCAGUCUACCGUAGUGCUGUAUGAAGAAGUAGUGAGUUUUUAGACUUCAGUUUUCGAUCGAACAAAUUUUUUAUCGUCGCCUUAUAUAGAGCUGUUCCAGACAAGAUGUCUCGCUCGACACUUUUAGCCUUCUCUUUCACAUUUCUCGGUUUCACAUAUUCAUAUUUUAUUUUUUUUUCUUUUUGCUUUCAGUUUAAAUAAUGCGCUUCAUAUCAUUUCGCUCGCGGCGUGCUCUGCGCGCUGGUUUAUAAGACUACUACUAUGUUCACGACGUGAAAAGUAGUGAGAAAGAAGAAACUAAAUCAUUCUUGUCAUUUCGUUUCAUUAUACAUCUCUCUCUCUUUAUAUAAUCGCGCGAUAGACGAUAAAAAGAAAAAUAGACAUGUAGAGAUAUGAUUUGUGUCUCGAACAGCUCCGCGCUCCAUGUAUAUAUAAAAAAUAAAAGAAUACCAUAUGUACACAGUUCGGACACAGCAUUAAGCUAAGAAGUUCGCAGAGUGUGCGAGUGUGCACGCGUAUAAUUGUAUCAUGUUUACGUUGACUACAGUGACCUCAAUAAGACUGCCUAAAGGAGACAAAAAAGAGCCCAGAUAUUUUCUUUUUUAAGUACAAAGAUACAUAUUAAAUAUAUUGUAAAGAGUACACACUAUCAUGCCUAUUUAAAUACAUUUAAGAGAGAUCCACACACACGUAAUAAUAUAUAUUAAUGUAUAUCUCUUAUGUGUGCAUAUAAUUAGUAUAUAUUAUUAUAAAAAAUUUUUUUUCAUCACAAACUUACAGAACACUUGUGUACUUCUCUCAUUAUUCAUUUGUACAUUCCGCAGAAGAUGUGCCUUAACAUAUAAAGUAGAAAGUUGGACAAGCGUUGGAAAAAACGUUUCUUUUCCCCGUAGAGCUUUAAAAUCAUCAGUCGAGCUUGAAGCAAAACUUUUCGAAUGGUAUCUUUUCCAUAAAGAAUUUUAUUGGUUUUCUAUAAUGUAAUCAUAACGCAUGAAUCUCUUUUUUAGAAGCGAUGCGCACGCAUUUUUUUUAAAUAAACAAGUAUCGAUGGAACACAGCUUUAUUUGUUAAGGUAUGUUUAACACCGAGUGUACACAAAAACAAAAUGAAACGAUAUCGAGGAAACAGACUGCUUGCACGCGCGAUCUCAAUCUCAUUAAAUCGAUAGUACGCUUAUUCUCGCGCGCAUUUGACGCAUUUCAACGCCCGGAGAUUUUAACGAAUCGAAUCUCAAGUUCGAACGUUCGUAAAUACUUUAAAUCUUUUCGCACAGAGCUCGAAUUCAGUCAGACCGAAGAACAACAUUGAGCAAAAUGUGUUUGCCUCUCACUGCAAAUGCUUAUUCUAAAUUUCACGUAUUCGAUCGAACAGUUCGAACGGUUUUUUUUUGUCGUGCGCGCAUUUCGAGCCUCCGCUUGGAAGCGGAAAUUAUUUCCUCGAUACUUCGUCGAUCAGAUCAAAUUCAGCGACAUCGUUCCCUAAGUCUCGCAUUCAUUUAUAAAUUAUACGUCGAAAUAAAUUAUACCUGUAAUCUGUAUUUUUAAACAAAUUAAAAUGAAAAGGUCAGUAUCAAGCAAAACCAAAUUUUAAUAGUAUAUCGUGCAAUCAGAAUCACAAAACAGAGUUACAAAACGCGAAUAUCUGGCAUCGUUCUUGAUACAAUUGUUCGAAGUGUACUAUUUUCUUGGUUGAGGUGAGCAAUAUAAUUUUAUUGAUCCCUCCAGAAUUAAUCUCUUUCGAUUACAACCCAUCAUUGAAUAGUGUUUUUUCUGCACAACUCACUCAAUAUGACAUUCAACAAAAAAAGAAAAUAUACAAUGAGAUGGAGCGUGACAGGCUAUAUCUAAGGUUUUUGAAGAGAAAAGAAAACAUGGCAAAACCACCCUCCAAAUGAGAAAUUUUGGAGUGAUCAAUAAACCAUAUUGCUCACUUUCGCCAAGAAAACAGUACACUUCGAACAAAAAGACAAUUGUAUCAAGAACGAUGCCAGUACUCGCGUUUUGUAACUCCGUUUUGUGAUUCUGACUACGAUAUACCAUUAAAAUCUUUUUUUAAUAUUACCAUUAAAAUUUCUCUUUGCUCGGUACUGACCUCUUCAUUUUAAUUUGUUUUUACGAGCGUUUUUCAUUUUGUUACUGUAUUUUUAAGAGUGCCUAUAUUGUAAGGCUGAAAGAUCAAAGUCCAUCUAAAUAUUACGAAAAAAAAAAAAAAAAGAAAAAAAACGAGCAUUUCACAAAUUUGAAUCUUUAUCGUUUCGAGUCGUUUUAUCCGCAGGAUUUCUAUAUGUAAGCACACUUUAAUGAAGUAACCACGCGAUGUAAAGUAGAAACAUAUAAAGAUAAUCACAAAUGAUGUAAAUGACAAUUCCUUUAUGCUGUGGACGAACGCUAAACACGUAUGGUUGGUCGAUUCUCAGCCGUGUUCCGUUCUUCUACUUAGUGACCGGUGUAGUUAGCUUUGCAUACGAAAGAUAUAAAUGUGGGAGGAAUGAAUUUUUGUAUUAUGCAUCAUUAUCGCUCCGAACCGUAGCGAGACAGAGAAGAUUUACAAAGUACAGUUCAAAACAAAAACAAAAAAAAAUGAAAAAAAAAAAAAAAGACAAGAGAAAGCACGAGAAAGAAAAAGAAAAGAAAGGAGAUUGAUAAACUAUUCAAGGUAAUCAAUAAUAUUUUUUUAAUGUGACCUCGAAAUGUUUUUCGACGGAGAAGAAAUUUCCCCAAGAGUGUAUAAGUUAUUUUUUAAUUGUACCAUACAAUUAACGCGCAUGACUCAGUCCGUCUUAUCUCUCGAGUUAAGUUAUCUGUGACAUCCGUACGACACAUGUUAAUGUAAUAAUAUUUAGCGAGUAUUUAUCUUUCAGAUAUUUUAAAUAAGUCCUAUAUAAAAAAAAAAAGUAACGGGAUUGAUUGAGAGAAAAAGCAAUUCCGAAUAUCCCUUUAUAUAUCCCGCACCAGAGUGAUGCUUAAAGAUCAAAAAGAAAAAAAAACAAAGUGUAUACAAUUGUAGAAAGACAACUGGAUUUGUCCGUGUAAAACGUCGAAUUAGUAGUCACUAUGUUUAAGACUGGUAAUACGUGGCUAAAAACAAAAACAAAAAAUAAAAAAAACAACAAGAUUUAAGGUCUUAGACACAGCAAUCCUCAAUCUAUUAUACAGAUAUUUUUGUAGGCACACUUUGUCGAGGAAGGUUUCUUCUUUCUGCCUUUAUUCUAUAAUAAUACCUUGAUAACUUAUACAGUGUAAGAGGGAAAAAAAAAGAACCGGUAUUUAUUCGAAGUUCACCAUUUAGCUUUGUUGAACAUCACAAGAGAUUGAAUGAAACAUGACGUGCGUAGUGAAAAUGCUUUUUACAUGCUAGUGUACAAAAUAUAAAGAAAAAAAAACAACAUUGUAAUCGAUGAUAAGAAUCAAUCCGGUGUCUGUAAAAAUCGGCGAAACGUCGUCGCCGAUUGUCCCGGCUUCCAACGCCGGCGACGGUGAUGAUUUUUUUCGUGAUUUUUACGCGCGCUGGUUCUGCCUUUUCAAAGAAGUUUAAUUGUACGACAGCCGUGGCGCGCAUAUACAAUGUAAUUGUAAAACGGUAUAUUGCCUUUGUUAAAUAGCGUUUGGAUAAAAGCCAUAUUUUUCCAUGCAACGCAAUAAUCCAGCAGAAUAAAUUACAGUUAAACUGAGAAGCAGCCUAAAAAUAGGAAAGAGUGCCAGAUUUAUUACAAAACAAGAAAAAGUGGACGACAUGAACAAUAAAUAAAUAAACACAUAGAGGAUAAAGUAAAGUUUAUCUAUCACUUAGAGUGUAACUGCCUUUCUCUGGCCUCUUAAUAACUGGAUUAUUAAUUUAUUUAUAUUAGACAAUAUAUACGAGAGAAGAGAGAUACAUUUAAAGGAUGAUAAAAAAAAAAAAAAAAAAAAAAACCACAAAUCUAACUCUUAGAAGGCUUGUUAGAGAGCUUUUUAUCGCAGUAAGACUGCUGUCAUCCGACUGAUGAAACACGUUCUCAAGAAGUUGAACAUUUUUGAUCGAAGCAUACAUGUCACAGAUCUUACAUAAACCGUAUUUAUUCUCAUUUUUCAUUUCCCAGUACGAUAACGAUUAACGUCUCAAUAUGAAAUAUAUAUAUAUAUAUAUACAUAUAUAUAUAUAUAUGUAUAUCGAGAGAAAAAAAAGAGAAGAAAACAUUAGUCGCGUAAUCGAUAUUAUAAUGUUAAUGCGAACUGAGAAGAAGAGAAACACAAACAAACAUGACUUACAAUUGUUGCCUGUUGUAAUGUCUUCAGUGACAGUUGAACUGAAAUGACUUACUCGUACAUAGCAUUCUUUCCGGUGAGGAAUCAGUAUCGUGUAAAUCAUUGUUCUUAAAACAAGUUCCAGUUGAUAAAGGAUUUUAUACGGAUCUACUGAAAAACAAAAAAAAAAAAAAAAAAAAAAAAACCAGUAUUUCAAACCAAUGAAGAAUAAUUAGUUUUCUAAUAAUAAAUACAAUACCUUUUAUUGCGAAUUUAGUACCGCGCUUAAGUCAGUAAAUGCUCAGCGUAAACGCUAUAACAUAUUUUUAGUGAAAAAUCCGUGUCAUACUCACAGUGUAUCAUAAUGUCUUUAAAGUAUGUAACUAAAAAAAAAAAAAAAAGAACCCACAAUCAAAGACGUGUGAAACGAUACUUAAUGACUACUAUCGUAAAUAGCCACUAUUUGUAGCAGUAAAAUAGGUAGCCACUUGGAGGCAGUUUAUAUUAUAUUUAAUUAUAUAUUACCCUUAUAUUGCUUUUCUCUUUUGUUUCUAUAUACUUUUACGACGGUAUUAUUACUUGUAGAUAGAAUUGUAAUACCUAGAAAAACUUGAUUGAGAUGUAUCAGCGUAACGUUUAAGUCUUUUUUUACAGUUACCGAGUAUGUAAUGGAAUUAAAUAGGCAAUGCAAUUAAACACAUAUGUAUAUGUACACACUUAUAUACCUUUACACGUGACAUACACGCACAAACACAAACACACACACACAUACAGACACACAUUAUGAGAUCUGUUUUUUUUUUUUUUUCGUUUCGCAAUCGACGCGAUUGUGUUUUGUCUUUGGAUUUUCGAUUAGUGUGUAUACGACGUGACUUCUAUUAUACAGGCAACAGCGUUAAUGCCUUUACACAUGUGAGUAAGUUUAGACGGGGGUUGCACUUUGCGUUAAAAUAACGGACGUUUAUUUUACAUCCGAUGUUGUACAAAUACUGAAAACAAACGCGACUUAGUCACACGCACGUAUACAAUCCGUAAACAAUUAAGAUACAACAACGUUCAUUGUAACAUAGGCGUUGUUUUAACGCAAGUGUGCCUCCGUUCUUAGGUGAGAUGUGACGAGAACGCUGUAAGUUCGGAUGUAAUGAGUCUGCGAAGUAAGUGAACUCACUUUAAAGUAGUAUUUUUUAUAUCAUUUUACUAGAACUUAAGUUUUUAUUAUAUAGUAGAGAGCGAUUCUUGGUAGAAAGUGUGAGGUUCGCGUUAAACUUUUCAAUGUAACGCAUAGCAUAAGGAAGUUUAGAGGAGACUCGAGUAAAAACAAAGAGACUGCGUCGCACAGAAAAAAACAAAAAAACGGAAACGUCAAUGUGUUUCUGCGCGACGAUUUUCGCGAGAUUACAACCGAGAGGAACCGAAUAAACUUUCGCGUUACAUCGGAAAUCGUUAAAUGCGAAAAAAACACAAGAAACUAAGAGCUAAGAGAUAUAUCCGCUUUAAAUGUAGGUCUAUAUUCUAAAUACGUUAGUCUUCUCUAAACUACAGGAAAAUAAAAUAUUGAUCACCGAUCGAUCUCUGGGUAGCUAUUAUGUAACUUUUCGGAAUCGAUUUCGAUCGGAAUAAUACCGACAUUUUUACUAUUAUUCCUUUUUCAUUGAAACGAAAAAAAAAGAACGACAAAUCGACAUCAUUCCAAUCGAGAAAUUGAUUCCAAAUAGUUCGCAUCGAUAGCCACCUUUCCCUCCCCUCCGAUUGCAUGUAGAGUUGCUUGCCUAUUUACUACAGAGGUUGCGUGCUUUGAUGUUUGUUUUCUUUCUAAGUAAGUUGUGUUGCGCGAGAAACGAUCAGACAAACUGGUUUUGUAAAUUUUAAUUUUUAAUUGUAGAUAAAAAAAAAAAAAAAAAAA